UUCCAUCUCAUGUUCAAGUAAGAAACAAGAAAUGGGAAAGGAGCAGCAGGUAGAGCAUGUCCGAAGAGGCCAUGUUGUGGUAAUCCCAUAUCCCAGUCAAGGCCACAUAAACCCUCUUCUCCAAUUUGCCAAACGCUUAGCCUCAAAAGGGUUAAAGGCCACAGUUGCCACUACCCACUAUACUGUCAAGUCCAUUUACGCCCCAAACGUCGGCGUCGAAGCCAUCUCUGAUGGUUACGACGAGGGUGGGUUUGCUUAUUCCCCUGAUACCGAUACCUAUCUUAAAGCAUUCAAGACUUUCGGGUCUAAAACGCUGAGCCAACUCAUCCGGAAGUUUGAGACCACAUCUUCCCCAAUAACCUGUGUGAUAUACGAUGCUUUCUUUCCAUGGGCACUUGAUGUGGCCAAACAACACGGCGUUUACGGAGCUCCAUUCUUCACCAACUCCGCCACCGUCAGUUCUAUUUUCUAUCGCGUCCACAAAGGCCUUCUGACUUUGCCAAUUAAGAUGGAAGAUACGCCUCUCUCCAUACCGGGACUUCACAAGUUAGAUUACCCUGACUUACCUGGUUUUCUCAAAUCCCCUGAUUUCUACCCUGCUUACUUGGCCAUGAAACUGAGUCAGUUUGAUAACCUUCACCAAGCCGACUGGAUCUUCGGAAACACUUUUGACGAUUUGGAGUUGCAGCUCCCGGUCGCAGAAAGGGUAGGUGAGCUAUGGAGGGGAACAUUGAUUGGGCCAAUGAUCCCAUCAGCUUACCUGGACGGGCAAAUAGAGGGUGACAUAGGAUAUGGAGCUAGCCUCUGGAAGCCAUUAGACCACAAGUGCAAGAAAUGGCUUGAACUAAAACCAGCUGGUUCAGUGGUCUAUGCAUCAUUCGGAAGCUUGGUGGCAUUAACUCCCAAACAAAUGGAAGAGAUCGCAUGGGGGCUUAAGGAGAGUGGUCGCCAUUUCUUAUGGGUUGUUAAGGAAUCUGAGCGUGGGAAAUUGCCUCAAGGCUUCAUUGAAGAAACUGAAGAAAAAGGACUAGUGGUGACUUGGUGCCAACAACUAGAAUUGCUGGCGCACAAAGCAAUAGGCUGCUUUGUAACACAUUGUGGAUGGAAUUCGACACUGGAGGCGUUGUGCCUUGGUGUGCCCAUGGUGGGAGUGCCCAAGUUUGCAGAUCAGUACACGAAUGCUAAGUUUAUUGAGGAGGUGUGGGGUGUAGGUGUGAGAGCUGAGGAGGAAGAUGAUAAGGGUACAGUGGGGAGAGAAGAACUUCAGUUGUGUUUAAGAGAAGUAAUGGAUGGGGAGAGAAGCCAGGAGAUGAGAAAGAAUGCUGGUAAGUGGAGGGAGUUGGCCAAGAAAGCAGUUUGUCAAGGUGGGAGCUCAGACAACAACAUUAACGAAUUCGUUGCAGAUGUUUGCACUGGUGGCAAGAAGAGAGCCAAGGAGGAGAAGCACAUGAAUGGGUUUUAAAUUAAUUAGAUGUUAAUUACUGAAAAGAGAUUACAAGAGUAUUUUUGCUUAAUUCUUUCUUGAAUGAUCUGAUAAAGGUUGUUUUUGUUGACCUUUUCCUUUUCUUUAGAGUCACGGUUUCCCAGUUAAUUGAUCA